AUGGUUAUAGCCGUGGCAUUAGCCAAUUGGGAGGUUCACAAGACUCUAGUCGACCAAGGGAGCUCAACCGAUAUCUUAUAUUGGCCAUUCCUCAGGUUAGACGUCCCUCACUCUUUCAUACAACCUCACACAAAGCCCCUAGUCGGUUUUGUAGGAAGAUGCGUUCACACUCGGGGGUACGUGGACCUACUGACAACUUUUGGAGCACCUCCGGAUUCACGGCGAGUCAUGGUUCAGUACAUCCUAGUGGAAGCCGACACCUCCUAUAACAUCAUCAUCGGCAGGCCAACUUUGAACCAGCUCGGUGCGGUGGUGUCCACUCCACACCUCACCAUGAAAUUCCUAGGGCAUGACGGGAAAAUUUUCUCCGUCAAAGCAAACCAGAAGACGGCACAACAAUGCCACAUUGAGAGCCUGAAAAUCGCCUCACCCGGUGAACAGUGCAAGAGCAAACUCACCACCGUGGCCCACAUCAAUCAUGAGGAAAUCACCGACCUCGAUCCGAGAUCCGACGCUCAUGACGAGCGGCCUAGCCCCGUUGACGAGCUCGAUGACCUCCAGAUUGGAGAACUCCCCGGGCAAAUUAUGAAGAUCAGCAAACAGUGUCGCAACUCUAGGCGAAGAUCCUCAAGAAUGCCAACCUCUUCGCCUGGUCUAGCGCUGACAUGCCAGGCAUAG